CAAUAGCGGGUGUGAACCACUGACAGUACAUGAGUAUGUGAACUAGGAGUUACUGGUGACUACUGAGGUACCGCAAUGAACAACCUAUAAUAUACUCGACAACGGCGACGACAUUCCCAUACGAUGCAGACUGACACUAUAGAAGCCAAUCAUGAAGUUGUCAACCAAGCAGCUCUUCCGAUACACCAGCGACCGCUGGCUUUGGGACGAGGAGCAGCAGCUGCGCGACCGAUUUGCGCCGUUCAACGUGCGGGAAUUGCAACGAGUCGCCGCGCAAAGUGUUGGGGCGGAGACAUGCACGGCAAUCACAAAGUUGGCUGAAGGCUCGUUCAACAAGACCUUCAGGCUAGAGAUGGGGGGUGGCUCAUCCGUGAUUGCAAGAAUCCCCUAUCCGAUUGCCGGGCCGAGAUACUACACCACAGCAUCUGAGGUCGCAACGAUGGAUUUUGCCCGCACAAUCCUCGGAGUCCCAACACCUCACGUGUAUGCUUGGAAUGCAGACGUGGGCAAUCCUGUCGGGUCUGAGUAUAUCAUAAUGGAGGAAGCCCCCGGUACGAAGCUGGAAGAAUCAUGGGAUGAUUACUCUCUCGAAGAGAAGAUCGCAGUCAUGAAGGAUCUCGUGCAACUGGAGAGAAAAAUGCUCCUAAUCAACUAUGGGAGUUUAUACUAUACCGGUGCCAAUAUCAGAAAUGCCGUUCCAGCCGAAACCGGUGCAGGAAUACCUGCUGAGCUCAAAGACACAAUCCGCCGUCGUUUCGUGAUCGGCCCGAUCGCAGAAAGACACUACUGGACCAAAGAACGUGCAGAGAUGACCUUGGACCGAGGACCAUGGAAACAACCACAGGACUACGUACUCUCUCUAGCUCACCGAGAAGGGGCAUGGAUCCAACGAUACGCAACUCCAAAAGCCGAAGACGACCCGCUAGUGACCUCAGCAACGCAGAACUCCCCCAGUAGCCACAUCUCCCUCCUGCAGAAGUAUCGUCAAGUUGCCCCAUAUCUGCUCCCAGCAGACAAUCCCGCCGCGGUGGCACCCUACAUCUGGCAUACGGACUUACACACAGGAAACAUCUUUGUCCGCGACGGGAAGGUCUCGAGUGUGAUCGACUGGCAAGGACUUUGGGCAGCCCCCCUGAUCCUCCAAGCACGCCACCCAGGGCUAGUCGAUUACAGCGGCGACGUGAUCCUGAAAGCUCCCGAGGACUUUAUGCAUCUAGAUCCGGCCGAGAGAACGCGAAUCAGAGGCCUUAUGAAGCUGCCCCUGCUCGAUCAAGUCCUCCGUUUCGACCACAGUCGGACAAGGUGCAAUCCGGUUCUGUUCGUGGGCGACACUUGGGAGGACGACCUUCUCCCCUUGCGGGAAUCGCUGAUUAGGGUUGAGAGAUACUGGAACGAAUUGGGGCUUGACCUCCCAUGUCCGAUCCAUUUCACCGAGGAUGAUCUACGGGUCCAUGCCGAGGAGGGUGCCGGGUGGAAUGAGGUGCAAGACUUCUGGGAUUCCGUUGCGGACGUCGUAUUGAGAGAUGGCUGGACUCCGCACCAUCUAUAUGGGGAUGCCGUUUCGCUGUUUACCGAGCUACGAGAACUCAGUCUGAAAGCUCAAUCCUACACCACCCCUACACAAAUUCACUGA